CCUCAUAGCGGCGCUCUGAUUGGUCCACGUGCCGUGGCGCUAAAACCGUAAAGAGAAACAAGUAUAAAUGCGACAGGAAACGUCUUUGCUCAAUAAUAAAGUAAAUAUAUUUGUUAGAUCGCUUCUGUUUGUCUAAUUCGGGUUCAAAUGGAUACACAGUCGUAUGUUUCCGUACCACCUGGAGUUGGAAUGGGGGAGAAUUUUCUUUCUCUCGACGAUAUUUUGCUCUGUCAUGAGAGACUUCCCAUCCGAACAGAGUGUAUUUUCCCCCGGCUUGGAUUCCUCGAGAAGUCGAGUGACAUGCAGGACAUACCGGAGGGUUCAAAGAUGGAGCUACCUCUGUGGCUGUGCAAGGGUCUGUAUGAGAGGAAGAAAAGGGUGCUGUCUGUGGAGCUUCCUAAGGUGUACAGAGAGGGCUGGAGGACCGUGUUCAAUGCUGACCCCAAGGUGGUGGACCUGCAUAAGAUGGGGCCCUACUACUACGGCCUGGGAUCACAGAUGCUACACUUUGAAAGCCCAGAGAAUCCAGAUAUUGCACAGACACUGCUGCAGACAUUCAUCGGCCGGUUCAGGCGGACCAUGGACUCUUCUCAGAAUGCUUACAAUGAAGACACAUCUGUGCUGGUGGAGCGCCUGGAUUGUCUGGAGAAGGCUUUGUUCAGGUCUGGGCAAACCGGACUCCACAGUUUCCAGAACUGGGAGAAGGGACAGGCCUCACAACUCACCGCCUCCAAUUUGGUUCUAAACUACCGCAAGAGGAAGAUCACCGAUGUGCUGCCCUGACCAGGAGCCUGCAGUGAAAGAUGGUUGGGCUUCACUCUGUAUUGCAGAGCAGUUCAGCAGCAGACUCUCACUUACCUGAGUUUAUUCACCCAUGGACUAAUCCACCACCAGAGCCUUGCUCUCUGUGGUGGGACAGCAACUUUCUACAGAGUAUGAUCCUAAUGUGUAUUCUGCUUAUUUUGGCACAUUGUUUUACACUGAUAGUGUUGAAACUUUUCAUAAAUGGAUAAGUUAAUUUGUGAUUAACAUACAGUUGAUCUCUGAAUAUUCUAGUUGUUCUGUUUUGCCAGCUGACUAGGGUUGGAUCAACUGGCCUGAAUUUCAGACCACAUUAACAUCAGUAAUUAAAUGCAAAAUAGUGACAGGAACAAAUUUGAGGAUUUCACAAUCAAUAAAAGGCAGCUGCAUAUGAUGCAAGCAGAGCAUAUGAGCUGAGUGCCAAAGAACUAAAGAGCAAUGACUACUUUUUUCCCCAAAUAGAAAUGGUUUAUUUCAAAGGCCUGUUUUACAGCAAAUAUGACAAAAAAAUAAAAUGAAAACACAUGCUCGACUAGAGGAGUCUAAGUCAACUGACAGGUCUCUCGCCUAAUGAUUUUACUAGUCAACUUUCACGGGUCAGCGCUAGUAACUGUAGAAUACUGAGACUGGUGGGUGAAAUGAACAAGCCAUAUUGCUUUGGUAUACUGUGUCAUUUUAUAGGAACGCUGCCAUAAAGCAGCCUCCCUUAGUAGUUUCUAAAUGCCUAUUAAUGAAAAAUCUUAUUUUACAAAUGCUUUCAAGGGAUCUUGUUGCAGUCUGUUUCAGUAUCUUAUCUGCUGUCAUUAUGUGUACUGCCUUGGAUACAUCAGUAACUGUGUUGCAUAGUGUUUGGUAAAGUGGACUUUGAAAUGUUAACUAGAAAGCAGCUACAGUAUUUGUUAUGAAUAUAAAGUGUAACCACAUCAUGCAAAUGGAGGUCACUUCUACAUGCCAACUUUGGAGCACACAGCAGAAUAUACAAUGACCACCUGACAUGCACCAAAUGUUGGUAAAA